AUGACGUUCUUCACUAUCCACUUCGAUAUUAGAGGCCUUGAACCAAUUCAUGAUGGCGAACCUUUGGUUUCAUUUUUCCUUCUUCAUGUUCUCACUGCUUUGCUAUCUCAUGGUCUGUCCAAUUUAUGCCACAACAAUUUCACCAAAAAUGAUGAAUUGGCACUUCUUGCUCUCAAAAUUUCUGUGAGAGACCCAUUCAAUCACUUGGCUAAUUGGUCUAACUAUUUCUCCAUUUGCAAUUGGGUUGGGGUUACUUGUGAUUCUAAAGGUGAGAGAGUAAGUGUAUUGAAUCUUGCUCACAUGAGUCUCAUGGGCACCUUACCCUCACAAGUGGGGAAUUUGUCCUCCCUUGUUGAACUUGCCCUUCAUAGUAACAACUUUCAUGGUGAGUUACCGAAGGAGUUGUUGCAGUUACAUAAGUUGAGAAUUCUCAACCUUAGCUAUAAUGAAUUUGAUGGGAAAAUUCCUGCGUGGACUGGAAGUUUAUUUGCUCUUCAAUGCCUGAGCUUUCGAGAUAAUAGUUUUCACGGUGUUAUUCCUCCAAGCAUAUCAAAUUUGUCAAAAUUCUCCUUGGAUUGGAGUCACAAUUUCAUCCAUGGAUCUAUUCCACUUGAGAUCGGAAGGCUUCAACAUUUAAAGAUUUUACGUAUAGCAGGGAACAAUCUUUCAAGAAAUAUACCUCCAACUAUUUCUGGCUUAUCCUCACUUGAGCUGAUGCUUUGUCAUCAAACUCCUUAA